AAAAUUAUUUUGGGAAACGCUUCACUUCUAACUUCUAAGUUUCUGUUCGUACUUCGUGCGUGGUUCGCACACCUCAACGCCUAGGUGGCGCUCAUCGAAGAAGGCUUCGCCUCGGCAGCAGUUUCUUUUUGCUUUCCCUUUUCAGUUAUCGGUAUUUGUCCGUCGAUCGAUCGCCUUUCCUCCGUAGAAGUGGGCAAGCAAGCAAAUCAUGCGAGUUACUUCUGCCGGUUCCGGACAUCCCUUUGUUCCCAGCAGACAGCUGAUUUAGAAGCUGAGGGAAGAAGAAGAAGCAAGCCGCCAUCAGAAUGGCUGCUGCAUAUGAGAUAAGUGCAUUUCCUGAUGACAUCAAUAAUAGUGAUACGAUGGCUGACUCAAGUAAAACAGACUUGUAUGUGGAGAUAUCGUCAAAUGGAGAGGUGGUUGGGAUAACUCCAGGGGAUAUUCUAACUCGAGUAGAAUUAGAUUUGGCUUAUGCUUCCGAGAAGUCCCUUAAUUUGAGUCUGUUCACAAUGCAAGUGGCUAACAGGGAAGCUGACUUUGAAGCCCUUGUUUCAGCAUCAGAUGUAGAUUUGUUUUCCGAUACAGCAGGGAAAGGUCUGGAGUUCGACCUUUUAUCUGGGAUUUUGGAGUUUUUGGUGUCAGAGCUGGAUCAAUUCCUGGGGAAUUUACAGGCUGAUAUAGAUGAGGUUAGUGGUAUAUUAUAUUCAUAUAAAGAUGCGGGGGGCAUAUCCUUCGUGCUGGAAGAAAAGUUGCAAGAUUGCAAUGCCUCAUUGCAACAGUUGCAAGAUCAAGUGUCAGACAUUUAUGCCCAGUCUUCUGAGUUUAGGAGGACCUUAUCAUCCGUGCAUGGAGAACCAAGUGGAGGGAAUGGAGGGAUGUACUCCCUGGAAAAUGACCAACCAGCAAACAAAAACUCAAUGAUUGAUAUGAAAACAGCAGAACACCAAAGACAGAUCCUGAAGAUGCUUGAGAAGUCCUUGGCGAGGGAGAUGGAUCACGAAAAGAAGCUGGCCGAGUCAACUCAACUCGAAGAAGAACUAAGACAUAGGCUACAGUCAGCAGAGGAAGAUGCAUAUUUUAUGGAUGAAGAAGUAAUUGAUGUUUGGGAAAGGUGUUUUGCAGCAGAAAAUACUGCCGAGAUUCUGAUGGGAACUUCGAAAGAGCUAUUGGGUCAACUUCAAGUAUUACAGUUCAACUUGACGUGUACGAGCCAGAGAGAAGCUUAUCUGAAAUCGAGGCUUAAAGAAUCUUCAGAUCAAGUGGACGCAAAAGAAACUGCUUUGCAGAAGUUCAAUAGCAGUAGUUCAAAGCUGAAUGACUUCCUUCUAGCUCAAACUGAUAGUUUGAAAGCCAAAUUGGCCGAAGCUGAGGACAAAUUAGUCCUUGCUAAUUCAGAAGCCUUCACUUUAAGUGAGAAGGUCUGUUUGCUCGAAAAGCAGCUGAAAGAAUCUGAGUUUCAGGAGGAUCAUAGCAUUUUGGAUUCUGAAAUCACACGACUGGUUAGUGAAAAUGAGGAUUUGAAGGUAAAACUAUCGAAAGCAGAAAGUAAAGCUGAAAGUGAAGAAAGAAAGUGCCAGCUACUGACAGAAACGAACAUGGAACUCAAUGAAGAAAUUGAGAUUCUUAAACUCAAGUCUGAGAAGGUAGGUGGUUUAGAGAAGCAGUUGAAAGAUUAUGAAAUCAGAAUCCAACAUGCUGCUGUAUCUGCUGAAGCUAGUCAAGAGAAGCAAACCAUGUUGUACUCUACCAUAGGAGACAUGGAGAAUCUCAUUGACGAUCUCAAGUUGAAAGUUUGCAAAGCUGAAGGACAUGCAGACAGUGCAGAGGAUAAAUGCAUCAUACUGUCAGAGUCUAAUGCAGAGUUAAAUGAGGAACUCGGGUUUUUGAGGGGUAGACUUGAACGUCUGGAAGCUUACUUGAAUCGAUGUGAGGAGACAAAAUUAGUUGCUGCAAAGGGCAUUAGCUUUCAGAGUAAAGUGAUGACUGAUUUGGUGAUGCAAUUAGCUAUUGAAAGAGAACGUCUAAGGAAGCAGCUUUCAUCUCUAGCAUCAGAGAAUAAAACCUUGUUAACGCAGCAACAGCAGACAGAAGAUGAAAAGCAUUUAGCUACUGAUAAAGAGGAAUCUGAUAUCCUGGCUGGUGGUUCAAAGUCAAAGGUGGAGGGUAGUCGGGAAAUCAUGUUGGAUGGUGAGACUAAAGCUGCCGAAUCUGAGCUUGGGGCUGUAGUUGAUGUGGGAUUGUCCAAUCGAAAGCAAGUUUUGAUGGCAAUGGUGGUUGUAUUGAUUUCAGCAACUUUCUACCUUUUCCAACCCGAGAUUCACGAAUUCUUCCGAAGAUAUUAGGGAUCUGAUUUUAACUGUCCCCGAGGAGGCUAAGGAUCAGGUAGCAGCAGCUCCAUGUACACAGAGCAGCAUCAGCAGCUACUGCAAAUUUUUGUGUUCUUGGCAUAGUUACAUUAGUUAACUUCUAAUAUCAUAAGUGGUUUCUGCAAGUUUUUGUGUUCUUGUACUGAGAGAAACCACUAGUUCUUGCUAAGAUUGUCGCAUAGUUCAUCUGUUAUCUCCUUUUUAGCAUUCUCAUUUCUCCCAUUUCAGUUUGCUUCUGAGUCGAAUGAAAUGCUAGAGCUCUUCUGUGGUUUAAGGAUCAGAUUAUUGACACCUCAUUCACAGCAAGUCAUAAGUGGAAUUCAAAUGACAUGUCACCAGUCCACUUCAUCUCAUCAACCAGCAGACUGAGAUUUUCGUAUAUGUUGUCACAUCUCAGAUGGGACUGGUCUCCACUGACAAAUCGAUGCACUUCAUCUCUAAUCUCAAUCCAGCUGCAACCUGGUUCCUUCUUAAGCCUAUUGGCCUUCAUCCUCUUCCUAGCCUCAGAAACCUUGCCCCACAUCCCAGCGUCGGCAUAAAUGUUGCAGAGAAGAAUAUAAGCAGAAGAGUCAUCCGGCUCUAGCUGCAAAAUACAACUCGCAGCCUUCUCUGCAAUCUCCACAUUCCCAUCCAUCUUGCAAAUGCUGAGCAGAGUCCUCCAUAUAAUAGCAUCAGCUUCAAACGGCAUUCCCUCAAUAAGCCUCAGAGCUUCUUCUGUUUUCCCUGAUCUCCCUAAUAGAUCCACCAUACAUGAAUAAUGCUCAAUUUCAGGUUCCAAACGAUGCUCCUUUUGCAUAGUGUGAAAAUAAGACAUUCCUGUGCCGAGAAGUCCCUUAUGUGCACACGCACGAAGAACUGAAAGAAAGGUGGCGCGGUUUGGGUUCACUUUCUCAGGUCUCUUCUCCUCAAAUACAAUCAAUGCCUUUUCUCCAAGCCCAUGUUGUGAAUAACCGCAUAUCAGACUGUUCCAUGCCACGAGGUCCUUCUUUGGUGCUUUCUCGUACAUUAGUUCUGAAUCUUGAAGUUUACCGCACUUUGAAUACAUGUCCACCAGUGUACUCGAUAUGUACACAUCGGACUGAAGUUGUUGCUUUAUGACCUGAGCAUGAAUCUGCAUUCCUAGACCAACCGUAGCUAAGUUAGCACAGGUGUCAAGAAUUGCAGCAUAUGUGAAGUUGUCAGGCUUUACACCGGCUUCUAGCAUGUAAAGGAAGAAGCGUUGAGCAUCCUCGCUCUGUUGUAGCAAUGAGAAUCCUGAAAUAAUUGCAUUCCACGAAACCAUCGGUUGUGGGUCACUUCUCUCAUGAAUUUUCUCGGCCUCCUUCAUAGCUCCACAUUUACAGUACAUGUCAACAAGAGCACCUCCAAUGAAUGGCUCCAAACCCAAUCCGGAUUUGAUGAUUCUUCCAUGGAUUUCCUUGCCGCUGCCUGCAGAUUGCUGGCCUGCACAUGCUUUAAGUACACUGCCAUAGGUGAAUUCAUCGGGUUCCAUUCCAAACCGAAGCAUCAAUGAGAAAAUCGGAAGUGUGUAAUCUUCACAGGCAUUCUGCUCAUUAGCUGCAAUGAUGGCGUUCCAGGACACUGCAUCCCUGUACAUCAUCUCAUUGAAGACAGAGGUAGCUUCCACUAAAGCUCCACAUUUACCAUACAUGUCAAUCAUGGCAUUCACCACGCAGACAUUUGUAUAAAAAACAGUCUUGAUCGUUAGUGCAUGCAGUUGUAGUCCCAAAAACUUCUCUUUGAUUGAAGCACAACCACAGAAUGCUCCUGAUAGAGUUAUUUCGUCGAAACCUAAGUUGGACUUCAUCAGGUGUCGAAAUAACAACAUAGCUUCGGAGCCUUCACCGCAUCUUGCAUACCCAACAAUAAUGGCAUUGUAGGACUGUAGAUUAUGCUUUCGCAUAGAGUUAAAUAGCUUAUGAGCAUCUCCGAUGCUUCCAGAUUUUGCAUACAUAUCGAGUGUUGCAGUUCCCACUAUCACGUCUGAUCCAAAAUCGGUCUUGAUAGCAUGACAAUGGAAUUGAGCUCCUAGAUCUGAAGCAGAUAGGCCUGCACAGGAUCUGAAAAUGGUGGCAUAGAUUGACUGACUGACCCCUACUCCUCCAGUGUUUUGCAUCUCAUUGAACAGCUCUAACCCCAUGAACAAUCUAUUAUUUUGAGUGCAAGCAGCAAUCAUGGCACUCCAUGAAACCCAGUUUUUCUCUGGGAUUUCUCGGAACACCGUCAGCGAAUCAUCCACCCGAUUACAUUUUCCAUACAUAUCCAGCAGCGCACUGCCAGUGAAAACGUCAUUAACGAGCCCCAACCUGAUUGCUAACCCAUGAAGCUGAACACCCACAUAGCAAUCUCCUAAACCAGCAGAAGCUUUUAGAGCAACAGCAAAAGUCGUCCUAUCAAACUUCACACCUGAUCUACCCAUCUCAGAGAAAACAGCCAUUGCCUUCCCAUGCUCUCCAUUCUGCAAGAACCCCGAAAUAAUCGAGUUCCACGAUACGGCAUCUCUCACAGACAUCUCAUCAAAGAUCUUCCUUGCAAUUCCCAUUUCACCACAGCCAGCAAACCCAAAAAUCACCGCGUUGUAAGAAACCACAUCCCUCUGAGUCAUUCCGUCGAACACUUUGUUCGCAUUGACCAAAUUCAAACACUUGACAUACAUUUGGAUCAAACAGUUCGAUACAAAAGUCGUCGGCACAAACCCAGAAACAACCAUUCGAGCAUGGGCUUGUUUGCCCGGGUUCAGGGCUCUUUGAAGCGAGCAUUCUUGAUAAAUGUGGGAAAAAGUUGCGAGCUUGUAGGUCGAUUCUGUGGCUCGGUUUGAAGCUGUGGCAGUACUCGAGAAGCACAAGAUGGAAAUGGGUCUGUAGGGGAGACGAAUCUGUGAGGGCUGAAACUGAAAGAAGAGUGUUGCAAAUUGUGAAAGGCGCGAGCUUGGUGAUCUGCCAUGAACCAUCGAUGGAAGCAGCAAGUCAUGCUCUUUUCUUUUGCUUCGC